AUGCGCGCUGCGAUGAGUGAUUCGUCCAACACCGGAGUCAAGCUGACCGAUUCCAAUUUGCAAAUGCUGCAGCGUGCCAACUAUUUGUUCCAUUCCGCACACAACUGGCUUGCGACUGAAGCUUUGGAAAAAGAAAAUCUACUUUGGCGCACACGUCCAAAGUACCACAAGUUAGACCAUAUCGUCUACGACUGUGCUCCAGAAGUUUCUCCACUGAAACUAAGCUGCUAUACAGAUGAGGACGCGAUGGGAAAACUGAAGAAAUUAGCGAUGAUUUCAUAUCCCAACCAGAUGGGACGACAAGUUCUGUCACGCUACGCUGCAUAUACAUGCGUGCGAUGGCUUCGAAGACUCACAGAAUAA